AUGUCAGCUAAACUCCUUCUUUUGCUUUGUCUUGCCGGCCUUUUUCUGCUCUCGACACCUGUUUGUGUGACGGACUGGGAAUGCACGAAAUAUUGCGGACGGCUGGGAAUGUGUUGGUGGACUUGGUUCUGCAUCUGCUCGAUUCAAUACAGCGCGGAAUUCGUAAGUAAACUGGCGUUGAAUUUGCAAGCAGGACCUCGGAGAGCAAGUUAUGGUAGUAGAAGCAAUUUUAGAGGAGUAAAAACUUACGAAUCACGGAGCUUUGGCUCUUGGGGAUUGAUUAUUUCAAUCAAUUGCUAGCUAAAAGUUUCGAAUAUGCCAUGUAAAGUGGUAGUCUUGUUUUGCAGCAAGUUUUAGCAAAGUCAAAUCCGUAACUUUUAUUGCAAUAUUAUUGUUACGAGUAUACGCAAAAUUACCUCAAAAUGGAUGAUAAACUAUCCUACGGCCUGAUAAAUCUUGUUAUUUCAAGAUUAACUGAGCCUUAUCCUUUCCUAGCCUUAUGCAGCGACAAAUCGACUGCCGUUGGCCCAAAAAUUCGUAUCCCCAAAUAAAAAUUGCGUACUUUCAGGAGGAACUGGUGGAAAAAGAAAGACGUAUAGAGGAGCCAUUAGAGUAG